GAGUUCAUUAAAACAUUAAGAAAAAACUGAAAAAUAUAGAUGUGCUGGAAUUUAUUAUCUGUAUUUUUGGUUCCGGUAUAUUUUUGCCACAAAGAUGUUUGGAGGGUUGUACAUUUUAGGAGGGCACAAAGAGUAAUUGGUGUAAAUAGUGCAAUUUAUUGUAUGGGCAAUAUGGCUCACUGCUCAGGGUGCAUUUCUGUGGAUGAAUAACUUACAAUAGUUGGAGGUUAGUGGUUAGUUGGCCCCGACUGAUUUUUCUCAUGCUUAUUUUCCUUUUUGAUUCAAUAGAGAAUCGGCGCACAGGUGAAGCAAUAACUAUUUUUUCGCGGAUGAUGCGAAUUCUCAGCUUCUGACUAAAAGGCUUGGAGAGACUUUCUGCACUUUGACUGUUAUUGGUUUUUUAAGGACUCUGGCCUGAUUUUGACCAUAUCUAGUUCAAAAUAUAAAUAUUUGAUGAUCAAACCUGAGCUUGAAUAAUCUACAUGGAGCAGUCUGAGAUUCAUUAAACCUUCACCAUAACACACAAGGAUGGAUGUUCAUCACAUUUUUGGCAUCAGGACUAUAUUAAAUUGAGAAAAGCAUAAAAACUGGGGGCAGAAGUAAAGCCUUAUCCAGGGCACAAUUAAAAACUAGAACUGACUUUGGUUGCAAAUCUGCUUAAUUUCAAAGAAAAAAAAACCGUUAAUUUUUACUGUAAGUGAUUAGUAAGUCAUGCGGGAAGGGAAUUGAUUGACGAGAGAUCUACGUGUCUCAUAUUCCCGUGACUACACACACUACUGACAUGAUUUUAACUCCUCCAAUGACCUUAUAACCUCCAGCCGCACAAGACUACACUCACAAACAACAUGAAAAGUCAGGUUUCCGUUUCCAGCUCAUAUAAAGACUAAAAACAUGUGCGUGACGCUGCAGCGCUGCGUGAUCCUCUCCAGCCUGCGCACCUCUCACACACCGCGUUCAAUCAACACUUCAAAGGCUACGUGGUCAUGUGAUCACACAACAUCAAAGGGAGCCAGGGCAUGACUAAACCCAGCAGUGGGCGUGCCACGGCGAACGCGCGCUCCGGGUGCGGGGACCGACGCCCCGCAAGGAGCAUCAGCCAACCACAGCAGAGACGGAUUGGCCCGCGGGACUGAGAGGGAGGAAGGGGUAGGAGGGAAGAACUUCAGAUAAAUACCCGCUUCAUCUAAAGAUCCUGAGGAUUUAGAUCAGGAGGGAAACGCUGCGCUCAACAGCUUUUCCAGGUUUCCCUGCGCGCGUAAAGACGCGCACAAUGGAUUAAUUUAGUGAUAUGAACUGAUACUGUGUGUAAAUUUGGGGUGGAUUUGAAAGUAACUGCCUGACUCUCAAAGGAACGAUGGGGAUUUAUAAUCUGCACUCGUUUAGUCCACCAUGAGUGAUCGGUUGCUUCCAGGAGGAGUCCUUGCGCUUUAACAGGACUCCCCAUCUCUCCAAUACCCACAAAGCAUGCUGUGUUUGAUUCGGACCCGGCUCACGCAUCAGCCCCUGUAACAGCUAGAAAUGAGGUGCCGUGGUAGGUUUAGAAGCUCGACCGGACUGUCAGCAGUGCGCUCCUGCCUGUUGCUGCUCAUCAUCCACAUGAGCGCUCCGGUGGAAGCGCGGCGAGUGCGCGGCGGCCGUGCGCAGACUAGGCGGGUGCAGCAGCAGCAGCCGGAGCAGCAGCGGAUGGAAGGACCGGAGAGCUUCCCGUUAGACUUCUCAGCCGUGGAGAGCAAUAUAGACAACUUUAUGGUGCAGGUGAAGAAUCUGGCGCAGUCCCUGUACCCGUGCUCUGCGCAAAAGCUGCAGCAAGACAUGAAACUGCACCUCUUGAAGAAUGUGUCUGUGACUUGUAACGACGGUUCUCCUGCAGGGUACUACAUCAAGGAGUCUAAGGGCAGCAGGAGAUGGCUUCUGUUCCUGGAAGGUGGAUGGUACUGCUUCAGCAAACAGACCUGCAACAGCAGAUAUGAGACCAUGAGGAACCUGAUGAGCUCCACCAAGUGGCCACAGAGCAGAAGAGGAACGGGAAUUUUGUCUGCAGAGCCGGAGGAAAACCCUCACUGGUGGAACGCCAACAUGGUUUUUAUUCCUUACUGCUCCAGCGACGUAUGGAGUGGAGCCACGCCAAAGACUGGGCACAGUGAUUAUGCCUUCAUGGGCUCUCUGAUCAUCAAGGAGGUGGUGACGGAGCUGCUGACUAAAGGUCUGGACAAAGCCAAGGUUCUGCUCCUGGCAGGCAGCAGUGCGGGUGGUACAGGCGUCCUGCUGAACGUGGACCAGGUUGCAGAGCAGAUGCAUUCAGCGGGCCACAGGGGGGUGCAGGUCAGGGGCUUGGCUGACUCUGGAUGGUUCCUGGACAACAAACAGUACAAAUUCACCGACUGCCUGGACACCAUCAGCUGUGCCCCCACCGAGGCCAUAAAGAGAGGCAUCAGUUACUGGGCUGGACUGGUGCCAGAAACCUGCAGACAGGCUCAUGUUGGAGAGGAGUGGAAUUGUUUCUUUGGAUAUAAAGUCUACCCAACGUUGAAAAGUCCAGUGUUUGUGGUGCAGUGGGUGUUUGACGAGGCUCAGCUGACCGUUGAUAACAUCCACCUGACCGGACAGCCCGUUCACGAGGCCCAGUGGAGGUACAUAGAGAACCUGGGUCAGGAGCUGAGGAGCACGCUCCGAGACAUACCAGCCAUGUUUGCUCCAGCUUGUCUGUCUCAUGAACUCAUUACCAGAACGUACUGGAUGGACAUCCAGGUGAAAGGCACCUCCCUGCCCAGAGCUCUCCACUGCUGGGACCGCAGCCUGCAAAGCAACCUGCACCUCAACGGCAGCCACAGCAACCAUGGCCUUAAGAAGAACAGGACCCCUCCGCUGAGAGGAUGCCCCCUGCAUCUAAUCGACAGCUGCCCGUGGCCGCACUGCAACCCGACCUGCCCAACCAUCAGAGACCAGCUAACGGGACAGGAGAUGAGCGUGGUCCAGUUCCUGAUGCACAUGGGCUUUGAUGUGCAGAAGAUGGCUCAGCAGCAGGGAAUGGACCCCAAAAGGCUGCUGGGCAUGUUCAGUAAUGGAAGCUGAACUGCUCCUCUUCAGUGAAAUGAGUGCUGUUGUAGGUUUUUGAGGUCAGUCUUUAAAAGCAAGUGGAUGACAUGAAGAGGAAAACUCUUCAUACGCUGAUGUUUCAGUGAAAAGCUGAACAAUAUGAACAUUCACAAAUGCCUUGCAUAUUUUAAAGACUACGUAAUGUACAACCAAACCAGAAAGUUUGAGCUGUUCAAAAGCUUUAUAUGGGAUCAACAUAGAUAUAUAAAUAUGCUAUAACUCAGAGGAGGUGGGUACAAGUAUACCACAAGGACUUUUCAGUAUAUUAGAAUGUAAAGUUAAUUUAUUUCAAUAAUUCAAAAAAAUGAAAGUUAUAGUAGACAUUUAUUUCACAGUGAUCGAUUUCAAGUGUUUCUUAAGUUUAAUGAUCAUAGCUUAUAGCUAAUGAAAACCAUAAGAUCUAGUUUCUCCUAAAAUUUGAUUUUGUAACUUUAAUAAAAAAGGAUUUUAAAAGAUA